CACACAAUUAUCGUUCCCAGUUCCAGAAAGCCGAGCCCUCGCUUACAAGGGAAGUUGCACCAAGGGUGCGCCUGAUACCUCGAUACGUCCUCUUUUUGCGCUUCAGACGCUUUGGAGCAGUUGUUCGCCCAAAGCUGCCAGCAUUCUGGUUCCUCCCAGUCCGCGCCACAUCUAUCUGUGGUGUCUAGCUCUUUCAAGUGGAUAGCGGCGAAAAAUACAGUUUCUGGAUUGAAGAGAUUGUUACUUCGGGGGGAGAGCAGCGAAUAUAGCUGCUGUCUGGGUUGAGCCAAGCAUCUUCUGGAAGCCGGCAGCAAUACGCUCCCCAAAGCGUCCAGGCUAAGAUGGCUUCGAUAGCUGCCGCCCGACCUGGGGCAAUCCAGAUGCCUCCUUCAAAUGAUUUUGCUGCCACUUGGGCCUUCCUGGAAGAAGGCAUUAAUACUAUAAUGCUAAACCUUGUAGAGGGCAUGUCAAGUCAGCGCUGGAUGCUUCUUUACACUUGCGUCUACAAUUACUGCACUGCCCCAAGCAGCGCUUCUAGGAUGGGCCGAGCGAAUAUGGGAGGUACAAACAUGGUAGGCGGGGACCUAUACGUGGGAGUCAUCGGCUACUUUGAGCGACGGGCAAAGGAGAUUCACAAAGGGGCAGAAAGCCUUAGCGACGAUACGCUACUCAGGUAUUAUGCGACCGAGUGGGACCGGUACACCUUGGGCGCCCAGUAUGUGCAUCACCUGUUCAUGUACCUCAAUCGGUAUUGGGUCAGACGGGAAAAGGACGAUGGCAAGAGGGACGUCCACACUGUUUACACUCUGGCUCUGGUGCAAUGGAAGGAGUUUAUGUUCAAGCCAGUGCAGAGCAAAGGAUCACUGUGCAAUGCAGUUCUGAAGCAGGCCGAAAAACAGAGAAAUGGAGAGAUCGUCGACACCUCACUGCUAAAGAAGGUCGCAGAUAGCUUCGUCCUGCUCGGCUUGCGCGAGAGUGAUUCUCGCGCCGUGGACCUGUCUGUGUACGACGAACACCUCGAGCGGCCAUUCCUGCAGGCGGCUUCGACCUACUACACAAACGAGUCGGCGGCCUUCCUAGCGGAGAACAGCGUGACUGACUACAUGAAGAAGGUCGAGGCACGGCUCAAGGAGGAAGUGCAACGUGUGGAAGUCUACCUCCACCCUUCUACUGGCGAUAAGCUCCUGAAGCGCUGCGAUACCGUACUGAUCGAAGCGCACAAGGCAUUACUUCAUGAAACUUUCCAGACAUUGCUCGACAAUGAGCAGAGGGAACAUUUGAUGCGGAUGUACACAUUGCUCAGCAGGGUGCCCGCAUUGCUGCAGCCCUUGCGAGAUACUUUCGAGGCGCAUGUUCAGCGGGUGGGCCACCAGGCGGUAGAAAAGAUUGCUGCAGACGGCAAAGAUGUUGAUCCGACGGCCUACUUCAAUGCUCUUCUCGGUGUUCAUUCUAACAACUUAGGUCUUGUCAAAGAGUGCUUUGCGGAUGAAGCCAAAUUCAAGGCUGUGCUCGACAGAGCUUGCCAGAACUUCGUCAACAAGAACAAGGCCACUGGCACGUCGUCGACCAAGUCACCUGAAUUGCUCGCCAAGCAUGCCGACAAUCUGCUCAAAAAGGGGCAGAAGACAUUUGAGGAGGGCGAGCUGGAAAUCGAGCUCGAUCAGCUGAUGACCCUGUUCAAAUACCUUUCCGAUCGCGACGUAUUCCAGAAAUUCUACACAAAGAAUCUGGCACGCCGAUUGGUCCACCAGCAAUCGGCAUCAGACGAUGCAGAGCUGAACAUGAUCACGAAGCUGAAGGACGCGUGUGGCUAUGAAUACACGAGCGGGCUGCAGCGCAUGUUCCAAGAUGUGAACAUCAGCAAGGAGCUCAACGAAGAGUUCAAGGAUCUACUCGGCCAUCGACAAGAGGACGCUCCUGCCAAUCCGAUCGACUUUUCCGUCAUGGUACUCACCAGCGGCUCUUGGCCAAUGCAGCCGCCGACGACUAAGAUUGCCCUGCCCACUGAGUUGCAUUGGUAUCAAGAGGAGUUCAAACGGUUCUACUGCAGCAAAAAGUUCCAGGGCAGGAAAUUGGUUUACCUUUGGCAUCUAUGCAAGAGCGAGAUCAAAACGAACCACCUCUCGCAAAAGUACACCUUCAUGACCAGCGCGUAUCAGAUGUCUAUUCUAACCGAGUUCAAUGCGGCAGAGAGGCUCACAUUCCAGGAACUGGCUGCAGCUACGCAGCUGGAUGACUCGAUCAUCAAAUCCAACCUGGUCAUUCUCACCAAGUCGAAGGUUCUACUAGAAGAAGGGGGUGCAUACAAGGUCAACAAGGACUUCAGGAACAAGAAGCUGCGCAUCAACCUCAACGUACCCAUCAAAGCUGAGCAAAAGGCCGAGUCAACCGAGGUUCUCAAGACGGUUGACGAGGACCGCAAACUGGUGAUUCAAGCCACCAUCGUGCGCAUCAUGAAGGCCCGAAAGCAGCUCAAACACGCAAACCUCAUGCAAGAAGUCGUUCAGCAAGUCUCUUCGCGUUUCCAGCCCAAGAUCCCGGUCAUCAAAAAGGAGAUUGACAAUCUGAUUGACAAGGAAUAUCUAGAGAGGGCCGAAGGCCAGAAAGACUUGUAUUCGUACGUUGCUUGAGGUCAUGCAUCUACCUUUCAG